AUGGCGUGUCGCGAAGUGUGGGCCCUCACGUGCCAGGAAGCGGGGAAGCUCAGAGCCACUCCCGGUGUCUGGUUUGCCGUGGCGCUGGUGCAGGACAGCCCGCUCUGUAACCAGGACCAGCGAUCAGAGCAGGCAGCCCAGUACCAGGAAGGGGACGACGAUGUUCUUUUGAAGGUAGUUUUUUGGCGGUUGGCAGUGAUAUUUCUAGUCGUGGCAGCUAGGCGUGCAGUUGCACAGCGCUGGCGUAACGAAAACUACGAGAGGCCCGUGGACCUGGAAGGGUCAGGGGAUGACGACCCCUUUGCGGAUGAUGAAAGUGACGACCUCUACUCGGGGUCUGGCUCAGGAUAUUUUGAGCAGGAGUCUGGGAUCGAGACGGCGGUGAGGCUCCGCACGGACACGCUCCCCACCACCCCGGCCGUGCUGCCCGUCACAUCCGUGCAGCCCGUGGCAACUCCCUUUGAAAUGCUGCCUGCAGAGGAAACCACCCCUGAGCAGGCGACCAGCGUCCUGUACAUCCCCAGGGUGACAGAGGCACCGGCAAUUCCCAGCUGGAAAGCAACUACCACCAGUGCCACGGCCAGUGACACCCCGCUACCCGCAACGGCAGCUGCUGCCGCCAGCCCCACCGCUCCCACUGCCAAGCCAACAACCGUCCGGAGGAUCCUGCCUCCCUUCGUCACGACGACGGCCACAACGCGGGCCACCACCCUGGAAAUGCCGACCGCAGCUGUGACGGAAGCCAGCACGGUCACGGAGGCUGCCACGUCCCGGCUCCUCACCCCCAGCACUGCCAGGCCCAGAGCCGGCCCAAAGUCGAGCACCUCCAGGACCGUGGUCAUCACAGAGAAAAGCACUGUCUUGCUGCCGCCGGCUGCUACCUUGGCCCCCACGGACGCACCCCAGACCGAGCCGCUGGACGUGACCGUGUCCACGGCCCUCGACAACGAGCUGGAGGUUCCUGUCAGCGGAGGACCCAGCGGGGACUUCGAAAUCCGUGAGGAGGAAGACGUGACUCAGACGGAGCUCAAUAACGAAGUGAUCGCCGCGGUUACCCCGGCAGCAGGGCUGGGGCUGGGGAAGAAUGCAGAGCCCGGCCUCAUAGACAAUACAAUAGACUCUGGGAACUCGGCUGCCCAGCUCCCCCAGAAAAACAUCCUGGAGAGGAAAGAAGUGCUAAUAGCUGUCAUCGUGGGCGGCGUGGUCGGGGCGCUCUUUGCUGCCUUUCUGGUCAUGCUGCUCAUCUACCGGAUGAAGAAGAAGGACGAAGGGAGCUACACACUAGAGGAGCCAAAGCAGGCGAACGUCACAUACCAAAAGCCCGACAAGCAGGAGGAGUUCUAUGCAUAA